AGCAGCGGACAUAAGCCAUACAUGUGGCGUCGAUCUUAUGCGCACUUCUUCUAGCGAGUUUGAUACUCUUCAAAAUUUUCACGGAUUUUAUGUUUUUAUGUUUUCUCAUGAUCACCUUCUCCUCGCCACAAAACAGUAGGCCAUGUGCGGGAACAUUUUCUGAAAAACCUGCUUGGAGUGAUCAUAUCCAAUACAGCAAAGUACGCCUAGCUGCUUGUUAGCACGUUUUGUGAAAAAUUCUGAAUAUUUGUUUCGGUUUUUCGGAACCAAAACCGCACAUCGCAAGAUGAGGUCCUCAAAAGGAUCGGCAAGAAGUGGCAGGAAGGCCGCCGCAUGCUCGUCGGCCCUCUUGUUUCUCCAAGACCCGAGUUUUCAUUCGAUGGUGACCCUUGUAGAAGGGUUAGGUCGCAUCAAAGUCGGGAAAAAAACUUACCACGGAGCCUCCUGGGAGCAGCAGGCAGGACCUGCUUCAGCUCCGCACCAACAGCAACACCAUCAAUCGCGACAAUCUACUACAGGACCCUCAGCUUCUGCACUUCCCGGCACGAUCAGGUUCGCAGCACCCCAAGGUCCUGCAAUGCACCCGCAGCACUACUACCAAAAUCAACCGCGAGCUGCAGCUGCACCAAGCGAGACACCUAUUGUUGCCCACCUUGACAUGAACCCGGAGCCGCCGACAGCCGCUCCCUGGCCGCCAUUUUCGGAGGUCGUCUCGCGGUAUCCGCUAUCAAAUGCAACUAUGUCUGAGUCUGGAAGGGUGGAACUUGUCAUGCUAACUUUGAACUCUAAAAAAUCGGUAUUGCAUGACCAAGGCGAUGGGUUACCCGGUCGGCAGAGCCGAUCCACACGAACGAACGAAUGACCAGCAAGAGGAGUCUAGAAGUCUGUGCUACGCGGAGAGGGCGUUUGUCAUGCGGAGUAGGCAUCAGGAAGUUCUCUAAAAAUCUGUGAUGCUAGGUCGUGCAUAUACAGACGUUCUGGGUCAUGCAAAACAUGCAUGAAAAGUCUCAGAAUCUUCCAGACCCAGACACUUUUGCAUUUGAUAUCCGCAACCAAAGGCGCGGGAAGAGCAAGUAGAACAGGUUGCGGAAUACUGGAGAAAAAACGUUGGCCACAACUACAACCAAGAUCGGCAGGAGCGCGACGGCAACGAAAACCAAUCUUGGGCGGCGUCGAUGCGGGCUAUGCAUUACAGAAGUAUCGUACUAGUAUAAAUUGCAUCACAAAUUUUGGCAAGAAGAAAAGCGGAAUUUGUAAUGCUGUUCUACCAUUAUAUAUAGGAAGAAGAUUUGUCAUGCAUAUUUGCAAUUAGUACGAGUGCGAUACUUUUGCACAGGAUACAGGCCGAACAUCAACAAGAACAACCGGGGGUCCGUGCGUUCGGAACAAAUUAUAACGGGUCGUAUAAGACGACGAACCACUACUACACAACAGCAACACAAAUGACCACUCCGGGCCCGAAACCCCACCCGUACACGACUUGGCGGAAAUUCGGAAAUAGUCAGCCCUACAAUGACGACGACGAAUUAGUGAGAGCCACGACUGCACCUGGUGGACCCUCUGCCACUGCAGCAGUAGCAGCUUCUGGAUCAUCACGAGCUGCGGCGACAGUCCCUGUUUCCGGCUUGCCCUUGCAAUCCAUCAAUCGUCGACCGGAGUUUGACCAUCCCCACUUUUAUUCCCGGCAAGGGUCGUACAGUUACGACCCCGUGACAGCGAUCGACGAGGAACAGCUGGAGGAGGGCAGGAUGAGGAUGACGGUCGGGAAGUACAACAAUGCUGGGUUUGGCAGUGGUGGUAGUGGUACGACGACGACCCCUGCUGGAUUCAAGUGGAAGAAGAAGGAAGUCCAGAAUGGUGGUCAUAGUGGUACUUCUGCUGCGACUUCUUCUGCUGCGGAGCAGCAACAGAAAGAUGAACAUCAAGACGUAAAUACCUGGAAGAGCUAUGACGACGAUUUUUGGACGGGAUACAGCUGGGGCGGUACCUACAGAUCCGAUCAAAAAAAUUAUGACAAACAGCAACACGAACACCACAACGAUCUUCUUCUUCCCUGGGUACAAAAAACAUCUUCGAGGCCGUACGAUUAAUGGGCCCCCUUUUCGAUACCGAAAAGGGGGGGGUAGGUACGGUCGGUCGUCUGGCCGUAUCCAAAAGCGACCACUUCCACCCUCGGGACCCGACCAGUUUUCGAAUUUCAAAAAUCAAAAUGUCAGCCCAUGACCCCCUACACGCCCCGAAGUAGGUUUUUGCUUUGUUGACUAGUUGCGGCGCUUUAUCAGCGUAUAGCCCCUCUAUUAAUUGCGGUUUCUGGGGUGUGGUUAGAAGAGGAACAAGCACGCAACAAAAUCCAGUUGCAAAGUUGAUAAACUCAACAGUUCCUACAGCAAGGCUGUCAGCAAUUUCCCCACUCUAGUGUCAUUCAAGUUGGCAAGCACUUGAUUACUUCAACCGACAAGCCCCUCUAGUACUUCGCUGCUCUUUGCUUUCCAACCUUCACCUAGUGUGAUCUUCUUUGGAUCAGUCUCAAGUUUGCGAGUUCCUCAAAGUGCUUCAUGUCAAGUUUAGGAGUUUCUAGUACUCGCAUCAUGAGUGAUAACGAAGAGCCUGAACCUGAAGCCGCACCUCGAUCAGGAACGGUCGGCGUUGACGUCGCGCAAGCAUACACUGCUGCGCGGCAGCAGGAAGGGAAUCAAGUGCAUCAGAUUGGCGUUGGCAGCGCUGGCACUACAAGUGUAAGAAACGCAAGCCCUUUCAGGGUGGUGGGCCCGAUAAGUGCCCCAUACGGGUCGACUCUUGCAACAAUGCAAUUCUUCAACAUUUUUCAAGUCCUCCGGGCCAACUUGGUCCGGCGCAGUGUGGUCAUUAGUCGAGUGCCUUCUCCUGUGAAUUUGUUGAUGAUUUUCUCAGUUUCACAUCGCAACGGCCAACCAACACGGUGGCAAGACCUCUGCCUGCGCCAAGAGCUAUACAGACUACAGAUGCAGUUGCGGCCGCUUUUAGCGAUGGCGCUACAUCGUCAGAAGAUUCGUGUACGUGAGUGAAUCUACAAAAACUGCAAGUUACGUCAUUGCCCCCGCGGUAGUAAGUCUCUGUCCGCGGCAGUGCCAAGGAUUUUACAGAUGGAAGUGUACUUACUUGAGCUUAGCCCGACACUGGGCCGUCCCAUGUCCGAGAUCCAUCGCGUUAUGCCGCGGCGUAGGCGAGUGGAUCAGCAUAGGGUGGUGCGGUAGCGGAGCUAUCGCGCAUGCAAACAUUUUGCGCUGCGCAUGGCAACGUAACUCAGGAUUGUAGCUAUGUGCCUCGAGCAAGUUUUUCAACACGAACACCACAACGAUCUUCACUGGGUACAAAAAACAUCUUUGCAAAAUACCGCUGCAGCUUCCUCUGCAACUCCAACCCGCGACGAUCACUACGCUUCCUGGAUCACCAUGCAGCCACAAGGCGUGCACCAGCCGGCGCAGGCCACGAGCCAGCAUGCUGAUAGUGCUAGUGCAGCAGGAGGAGCGGCGACUUUCACUUCUCCCUGGGACAAUUACCAGCCGACAGGAACAACGACAACUAGCGGUAGUUAUGAUUACCAGCACAACACUGCCCCCUCGGCGGCCAACGCUGCCAGCAUGGGAGCGACCGGCAGUGAUACACAACAAGUGAUGUCGACAGCGGCAACUGUCUCCAGCGGCGCAGCUAUCAAAUGCAAAAAUGUCUGGGUCUGGAAGAAUGCGCGAUUUGUCAUGCAGCUUUUCCAUGGCCCGCGAGGUCUGGAAUGCAGGACCUACCAUGACAGAUUCUGUGCGAUCUCUCUCAUGCCUAUCCUGCAUGAGAAACUCCCUCCCGACUUGGUCAAAACUGGACGACUUUUGUGAAUCAUGCAACGCAAAUUUUUGCAUGCUUCAGAUUUAGCAUGACAAGUUGCAUUCUUCCAGACCCAGACACUUUUACAUUUGAUAGCAGCAGCAGCAGCCCAAGAAGUAGACCAGCACCACGGAACGUACGCCUCUGAGGAGUCGGAAGACUCGGACCUGCGUCCCAUAUCCAGGAAAAAACACCCAUCUCCAUCCAUUUUUUGUAUGACAAACACUGGGGCUGAUGCAUUUUUUGCAUGACAAAUUGGAUGGGGAUGGGUGUUUUCUCCUGGAUAUCCCAACGGCUUCGACGAUUACUACCGAUACGACACCCCGCCCGACUACUCGACGUCAAAGAAGACAAGCGGGCAUUACUCCACGGCCAGUAAGAGCGGGCCCCCAGGCGUUUGGGUGACGAAAACCUCUACGGAUGCAAGCCAUGCUAGUAGUGCUAGUGCUUCAGCUGAGACUACGACGACGAAUGGGGGCAGAUGGAACAAGAAUCCGUCUUUUCCUACCGAAACAAACAGCGCAGCGGACCAUGAAUUAGACCUGAAGUUCGACCCCUGGGAGUAUUGGGGCCACCGUGUUGACACACCAGAGGCGGAUCUUCUCGAUGAUGACCCUUGGGCCGAGAUGGUUGCGCAGAACAAUGAACAAGCGGCCAUGAAAGAAGCAGAUCGGGUGGAAAGGAAGAACAGCGCGAAGAUGAUGUUGAAAAAUGAAGCCCCUGCAGGUACUAGUUCUGGCUCUUCCUCUUCAAAAGAGCAAGAAAAGCCUGUUUCAUCAUCUUCCGCUGGCCGGCAACAGGUGCCGCCGUCCAAGACCCUCUCUGGGCCGAGCAGCGGUGCAACAAACCCCUUUGCAGAUGUUUGGUACCCAUCGGAAGGAGGACUUCCACCGGCUCGGGACCACACGACAACUCCUAGGUUGAAAAGUAAAGGGGCCGUCGACGCUUCUCGCCCAAAGUUUCUGGAAGAGGCGUUGCGGAGGAGCUCCGCAGACCUUUCUGAACAGGAUGAAGAAAUGCGGAAGAGGCAGCUGGAGAGGAUCGAAAAGUCGAGGCAGGAUUUUGCGACCGCACUGAAUUUGAUACAACAGCAGCAGAUGGGAACUUCUGCUACUUCUGGCGUAUAAUGCUUUUACGACAUAUAAUUUCAACAUGUUGAUGAAUGUGUAUGUUCUGCCUCGUUGUAACAUUUUCCGCAUAAUGUUGCAACAGAGUCUCAGCACAGCUUUGACUUAGGAGAGUGGUUCUGAUAGCCACUGAACCUUCCCUCCUGCAUAACUUCACCAUCAACCCUUCACAGGCUGCCGCUGCGGCUGCCUCGUCUCCUUCUGUCCCUACUACGCCGUCCGCGCCUACUGCCGCCGUCCCGUCCAGCCCAGCUGCAGAACUUCUACCAGCUUCCACCCAGAACAAGGGCCAACAACUUCCCCCAGAUUGGGUCUCUCUAUUCGGUGACGGACGGCGUUUGCGUGGGCUGAGGAACAAAACCCUUUCUCCACCAACUGCGGGAAGGGUGACGUCCACCACUACAGCAAAAACCACGCACAAAGCGGACGAGGAAGGGAAAAGAGGAGAAAUCGCGCAAGAAGCCGCGACGGAAACUACCCGUGCGGACGACCCGAUGGACGUGGACGAGGAAGCAAUUGAUGUUACGGAGAGCCGCCGCCGUCAAGAGGAGGACAAAAGUACAGCUACAAGCACUUCUACUUCAACUGGGAAAAACAUUAAAAAAAGCAUGGAAACAGACACGAACCCGGACCACGGCCGAGAGAUGUACGAAAAACAGCGGCUAAACGAGAGCCUCACGUAUGCAUUGCAAAAGUAUCGUACUACUAGUAGAAACCGCAUGACAAAUUUCGUCAGCAUGAAAAAUGCAAUUUGUAGUGCGGGCCUACCUUAAGAUGUAAGAUUUGUAAUGCAUGCCUACGAUUACUAGGGAUACUUUUGCGAUGCAUAUCACGACCACCACAACGACACCCCGGAACAAACCUGGCCCGAUCCUGCCGAAAGCGAAACCCGAAGCGGAAAGAAGCCACAACUACAUGGUCGUCACACCCCUCUCCCCCUCCGCCUCUUCGGCCAGUCCGAAAAGUUCAUUAUCCCGAGCUAGCACUUCUUCUUUGUCUCCCGAAAUCUCCGUCCCGAGACCGACUUUCGUUUUGAGUAAGCAAACCGUGCAGGUGGCGAAUAGCGACAGCAGCAACGCAAAUAAGAAUAUUGAGUCCUCUGAUAAGGACAAGAACGCUGUAGUGUUUCAUCAGGCGGUACAUCAACCGAAAGUUGUGGACAAAAGUGUUUACCCGUUCACCACGAAAAAGAAGUUUGUCUUUGCGGACAAGCACAACGAAGAAGUCGACGCGAUGCGGUUACUUGCGAAACUGCAAGAGGAAAGUUCCGAUAAGAAAACGACACUGAUUCCGAAACCGGUAGUUGACAAAGACUUCCAAACAACGAUUGUGAUGACGAAAGCGUCGAAAACUACAACGGGAAACGUCGGGAGUCCGAAGAGCGAAGGCGGUUUAUCGACAGCUGCGUCCUCCUCAUCUCCUGCGACCACUUCCUCUGCCAGCACCUCUGGAACGAGCAGCGACAGCGAGAAGGAAAACAAGGAAAAUGUAUGAGAGUGCACAACCCCCCCUGCUCCCCCUCAUUUGUCAUGCAAAGUACCUAAUUAUACGCCUUGGCUCUUGGCACUGUUUGCAUGACAAGUUCUGGCAACCCAAAUAGCACUACGCUCCUGUCCAAACUUGUCAUGCAAACCCUGCAUUCUUUUUGACACUUGUUGCUGUUCAUGCAACACAAAUGAGGGGGAGGCGGACUUGUGCACUUUCAUAAAAAGAGGCUGCGAACUACAAGACGGGGCUGCGGGUGUUGUUUGAUAUGUUGGAUGAGGGGAAUUGGAAAAAUGUGGAUGAAGUGGAACCGAUUUUGUUAGAUGAGGAGCCGGGUCUUGUCGGUGCGGAAGGAGUGCAGCAGGAGGGGGAGAAGAUUGGUACAACUGCAACUCUUGAAGAGGGUCGAAACAAAUAGAAAAGAACCUCGUUCGUUUGUUUCGAGGCGUUUAUUGUUCCGUACAGAAGAACGAAUGCAUUUAGAAUUAAGGAAGGUUAUGCAUGAUCACCUUCUGUGAUGGUAGGUACAGCUACAGAUGCAUGCAGCUUAUUUUCACCUCCUGAUGAUGGUUCACAGGUGCGAUGAAAGCCGUCGACAGAGCAGCUACUGCUGGCCCAGCGACGGAGGACCCAGCUUCCCCCUCCGACGAUCUCGACGAUCUCGACGCCGAGUGGAGUGAGUUGGGCGACAGUUUCGAGAAGUUGGGCUUGGAGGAUCAGUAUGAACUGCAAAAGUAUCGUACUCGUAUAAAUGCAUUGCAAAUUUCCUCAGCAUGAGAAAUAAGAUUUGCAAUGCGGAUUUACCUUGAGAAAAAAAUUUGUAAAUGCAUGACUGCAAUUACUACGAGUACGAUACUUUUGCACAGGAUAAUCAGCGUGAUUUGGAAUUCGAGAAGCCCUGGGAACUGGUGCAUGUAUGAAAGUGGAAACAGUGAAGCUUUAACAGUGCCUGUGAUGAAGUGUGUCAACAUGCUGGAGGCUCCUACACUCCCUGCGGGUUUGCAUGACAAACCGCUUUGUCAUGCAUAGUGGACUAUGCAGAAAGGACACACAACCACACUUGCUGUGCGCUACAAGAUGAACACAGGUCGUUGUAUCGAGCAGCUUUCACUUCCACACAACGGGGCGCAUUCCGAAGCGGCCUCCACGCAGGUGGAAGCCGAAGCAUCGAUGGGUGACAGCAACUGAGCUGUUAACCAUCGUGUGUAAAAGCACAAACGACGGAACCAAGUCGUUCUAGAUUCUCGUCUUUCUGUACAUUAUACAACUGGGUGCGAAAGUUUGUUGUUUCCAGCUUUAUUCUCUCCUUUUGCAAGCGCGACAAAAUGAACACUAUAGUGGUUUUCUGUACAACUGCAGUUUUGGAUAGAAAAUGUUUGAUUCGUAGAGGUCAGGUCGACGUCGACAACGGUCGUCGGAAAAACCUUUACACCUUACAGCAAGAUUGAUGUUUUAUUCACUCGUAACAAGUUCCGAUUUUGGAUUGCUCAAAACAAGACCACAUGCUUUCACAACACGUAGUCAAAGUUGUUUAUCGCACGAGAAUACUUUGUCAAAUCAAAACUCACUCUGAGAGCAGAUUCAACGAUUCAUAAUCGCCCUGGCAAAAUAAUGAUCACUAACGAGACAGUUCAAGUGAUUGAUUUCUACAGAAAAAUGUGUUUAUCAUCUGCCGAAAUCUCACUACUUCCGGCCGAACUUGUACUAGCAAAUAAUGAUCCGCUUUUUACUUUUUUGCCAAAAUCAAAGGCCACGACGAGCAGACAAGUUCGAAUGCCCACGACGAGCAGAAAGCAGUUGCGGCUUGUUUGUCGCGACCGCUUUCUUGUUCCGUGCACAGUUCGUGAAGCGAU